CGGGGAGUUGUCUACUGAGCGGCCGCGAGGCAACUGGAGAAAGUUUUAUUUUUUCGUUGAGCGAGUAUACAUCGGAUCGUUUUCCUGCUCUCGCGUCUUUUGCAACGAAUCGAUUCGAAGAUGGACGAGGAAAAGAUGUGGAAGGACUUUUACUACAAGGUGAUCGAGGAAAAGGAGAGGAAACAGAAGGAACAGCAACAAGAUCAGGAUCAGGACAGCCACGAGGCCAGCUGCAGAGUUCUACACAUAAACCAGCACACCGGUGGCUCAUAGAGAAUUCCAAAAUCGCAGCGCUUAUCAAAGAUCUUAAUUUAGCCGACUAACUCAUCACCGCUCCUAAAUCAUGCAGCUCAUGACUCGUUACCGUUUGCUCAGCGCAAUCAAACGCGCGAUGCGCGAAAAAGGCAAGGGAUUAAUGCGGAAUGCCAAAAUCAUGUGACACUCGGCGUAGCGACGCCUGUGUCUCUCUCUUUCUCGCGCGCGCGCGCGAUGCACGACAGGAGGUGCAGGAAUAUUAUGAAUGGCGGAUUAGUCAGUCGCGGUCGCGCGGAUCGGCAAGUGGUGCGCUUUGGUCCUCGAGGAGCGAUACCGGACGAGAUUGCUGCAUGAAAAUUGGAGAAGCUGUGCAUGUAGUGGCUGUUCGACAUGCAAAAGCUCGCCCACUCUUUGACUAACACGCUUGUGGCCACCUUUCGCACGUAAUUUUUAUUGUAUUUUUUGGUGUUUCUGGUUAUUUUUCUUAUUUCGCUCGGAAAAUGAAGCGUGGCUUUGACGAAAUAACUUGUUUCUUUUGAUUAUUUGAACGACGGCGCUCAAAGAACGUAACGUUAAAAACGGUUUUGACUAAGUAAUCGCACUCGGCGAAUUUCGCUCGGGAUUUUCCUUCGUACACUGAAAAGUUAAACAUCCGAGAUAAUGUAAUACGGAUUUCCACUCGGUUUAAGGGAAUUAGCAAUUGAUUCGUAAAGUAGCUUUUUCGAUAAAGCGAUAUCGCAUUACUUCUGUUGCAUAUUCAAUUCGAUCAAUAAAAGUUGCACGAAUUCGAUGUAUUACAAUGCGAUGGAACUAAAUUUCUUUCUUCGAAGGCUGCACACACGGCAAUCCGAUAAUUCCGUAAAUUCAAUCGGGAAUACCGCCUGACUCCGCGGCAUAAUCGUAUCUCCUGUAAUUGCAUUUAAUCACACUCCGCGGGAAUAUAACGCUCGCCUGUAUGAUCUAUCCAAGGCUUUAUCAUUUUUCGCGUUUUUCCCGAUAAUCGGACUUUUUACAUGAAAUCCAAGCCUAACAGCAAUCACGUAUACACGCAUGUUUUUCUUCUCUUGUAUAUAUGUACACUAAUGUUACGUCGCGCGAAUGCUCCUCUUAAACAAUGACUCGCUCGCAGUACAACGAAAAAAAAAAUACUUGGCCUUCGCCGCAUGUGCUUCCGCGCUGCACUUUUAACGAGUUAUCCAACACACAAACACACGUAUAUAAAGCACAAGUGUGCGCGGCAUGUGUUUGAACAAGGAUCCAGGAGGAGGAUGGCGGCUUCUUCGAGAAGCUCGGCACUCGGCUGGCGGAGAAAGUGGAAGCCCAGCAGCUCGAGGAAAGUUUGCCGCCUGAAGAGGAGGAGGGAGGCGAGACGGCAAAGCCAGACGACGACGUCGAGGAGGUGGAGGAGGAGGAAGCAGCCGUCAGCCAGGACGAGGAGGUGAACUUGUGCGUGGCCGAGAAGAGGGAAGCGCUUUACGCGCAGAAGGAGAGCAAAUUGCGGAGGGAGGUGAGCCGAGUCGGGCAAGCGGAGGACGUGCUGCUGCCCGAGACAGACAGCGAGUCGGAGGAGCACGAGACCGCCUACAACAUCGUCGCUCAAUCCGUCGGGCUCAACAUCGAGGAGCUGUACACCGCCCUUCUCUACAUAACUCAGCACCAGAUCGGCUUCGACGUCGUCGACGAGGUCGAGCAGGAUGCGGUUAUCCAGUAUUUGCAAGAGGCAUUUAACGUCAACGAUGAGACGCACGACCGGGUCAUGGAGGAGACGCGCCAGAUGGAGGCGCCGGAGAUGCACUUAAAUAUAGAAGUGAUAGAGGCCAAAGAGCUCGUGUCCAAGGAUGCUAAUGGGAAAAGCGACCCAUUUUGCGUGCUAUAUCUGGAAUCGGCGCCGACGCGGAGAUACAACACGGCCGUCAAGACCGAGACCUUGACACCUGUCUGGCAAGAGCAUUUCGAAAUGCCUCUCGAGAACCCGGAAAACGACGUGCUCUACAUCGAAGUGUGGGACUUUGACGCGGCGGAGACGGUGCCGGAGAAGAUGAGCAAAGUGAAGAGCGUCAAGGGCAUGCGGGGCCUGGUCAAGCUGGCCAAGGAGAUCGCGAUCACCGCGACCAACGGCAACCACGACAACGAGUUCAUCGGCAGCACCCGGAUAGCCCUGAAAGACAUUCCAGUGACCGGCCACGUCAUGUGGUACGUCCUCGAGAAGAAGAACAAGUCCAAGCGCCGCGGUCUGAUCAAGCUGAAGCUGGCCUUCAACACGGAGCACAACGCGCAGGUCGCCUUCCAGGAGCACCGCCACCUGCUGCGGAUCCUACUGCUCCACGAGAUCGAUACCCGGUCGAUCGAGCGCCACAGCUGGGCGGGCAGCUGGUCGGCCUCUGCGGAGGUCGUGGUGCUCCAGCACGCGGUGCAGCGGGGCAUGACGCCCGAGAUGGUCUCGCUCGCCAGGUGGAUCGAGUUCGCCACCAUACACCAGGACCACCAGCUCAGCUUCGGACUGUUCCUCCAGCUGGCCAACGAUCUGGUGAACGCGGUCAAGAGCGGAGGCACGUUCAGCGACGAGGAGACCAGGCUGUUCUGGGAGGCCAGCAAGAAGGUUCUGCACUCGGGGCUGAACAUGCUCAGGAAGAUCCGCAGGCUGCAGAUCGACAAGGAGAGCACUAUGAAGCAACUCAUCGCUAUUCUUAGGCUCGUAUCGACGCUCUCGAGGCUGGACGUGCCGGGGAAUGUAAAUUUGUUCCCCUCGAAAAUGUAUUCAUGGUUUCCGCCGGAAAUUCUGGACGACGACCGAGUUAGCGUCCCCGAGGCCUUGGAGUACGCCGUGAUUCGCGGUGGAGCCGAAUGGUUCGACUACAUAGUCGCGAAGAACAAUUUGGAGGGCGACACCGACGAGGAGGCGCUAAAGUACCACAUCAAAAUCAUACAGCUCAUUCGGAUAGACCUCCAGCGGGCCAUGGAGAUUUACGAGAAACUCUUCGUCAAGACCAUCAACUUUCCCUACACGAAGACGCUGUACAUCAUGUACGAGAAGCGAGUCAGUGAUUUAUGCAUGGUGAUAGUGGAGGACAUUUGCGGAAGAUUGAAGAGGAUCGAGAUUGAAACUUCGGAGGAUCCGGAGCUGAGCCUGGGCACGACGCUUUUUGAACUCUACCUCGCGAUCCAGAGAUUCGCAGCAGUCGGCCAGAAUUUGUGUCCGGACGAGCUAGAAGACAUGAAAGUUCAGAGCUACUACGACUGGUUCCGGGCUGGCGUCGCGCACUGGCUGGAGAUAGCAGUCUACAAGGCGCUCAAACGAAUCGACAGAGCCGUCGAGUUCGACAAUCUGCAGCCGGUCGACUCUAGCGUCCAGUACAGCUCGAGCGCCGUUGACACCCUCACUAUCUUCUACCAGAUCAAGGUCUUCUGGACGCAGCUAGCCUGGCCGGACGCCCAGGGUGCCUUCGCUUUCAUAGCGAAAAUCGUCGACGACAUUUGCAAGUGCUGUAUCGCCUACGUCGAUCGGAUGGCGCUAAAGGCAGAGGAGAGCCAGCGUAAGGCCGACGACGAGAGUCCCGCGAAUGUGUACGGCAAGGUGCAGCAAUUUGACGUGUCGGUUGCCUGGUGUUACGCCAUCAACAAUAUCGACUACAUACGAACGUCGAUCGAGCCUUUAUCCAAAGAUUUGGGACUCGAGGCCGUCAUUGAGUCGAUCGCCGAGACCAAGACUCAACAGGACGCCGAGAGAUGCAAGCAGACCCUCCAGCUGAUCAUUGACAACGCCAAAGACACGGUGCGCAACAAGAUCGUCGAGAUGCUCGAGAUCGUCGCCAAGAAAAUGGCCCCUGCCAUGAAUCGGUACUUGAUGGAGGGCGCGGAGCUCUCGGACACGACGAGCAACUCGAUGGACAAGCUUAUGGAGUACCUCGACACGAAUCUGAUCACUCUGCACGACAACUUGAACGAGGACAAUUUCCAGAGGAUCCUGAUGGUCAUCUGGGAGAUAAUGGCCGACACUCUGUGUCAACUGGUCCACAGCAACCUGGAGAGACGACGGCCGCCGACGUUCUACUCGAAUCUUCAUAAAACCCUGCACACGCUCAUACAAUUUUUCAAUCUCGGAGCAGACGAGCUGGCGAACGUAAAAGUUCUCGAGAAAAUUGAGAAAGUCCUGAAGCUUUAUGGCCUGGAAAGCAGCGAGCUCAUUCACCGAUAUUACAUGGACAGGCUGAAGGAGCAGAACAGUCUAGACAACGAGCCAUACGGACUUCUCACUGUCAAGGCGUACUUUUUCGGCGACCGCCUGCUCAACAUACAGAUACUCAACGCACGGAAUUUGAAAGCGAACGACAAUAGCGGUAAAUGUGAUUCUUACGUGAAAAUUAGACUGUUCCCCGAGAACGCCUUCAUAGGAAUGAAGACCUACAAGACGGGCGUGCAGAAGGAGACGCAAUUUCCACUUUAUGAGGAAAGUUUUAGCAUUCCAUUGACUCCCGAGCAGAGGAAAAUCGAAAAUGCAAUUGUCAUGUUCGAGGUGAAAGACAAAGACUUUUUGAGAACGAAAUUCGUGGCCGAGUGCUUUUUGCCGUUCAGCGAAAUUCCGGAAACCGAUUCCCAUCAAGGGUUUGGCUCUCUCGACCAAAUUCAUCUGAAACUUUCGCGACCCACGCCGCAGAGUUCCGAAGUGGUACAUGUUCUGUUGCGAAGAAAAGGAGAUAACUUGGCAUCGAACUUUGUAGCCAGGGUUACAUCGAAGACGAAUUCCAGUUAGGGAUGCGGUGAUAUUUCACUCCGGUUUUGUACUAUCAAGAGAAACAUGCAAAAACGUGAAUGCUCGAAUGUUUGUAUCAACUUUGUUAAAUACUCAACAAAACGUCAGCUUGCAGACACGUUUGUGCGUGUCUACGCGAUUUUUAAGAUUUUUUUUAUUAGGGCCUUGAACGUGCUAAGAUCAAAGUAAAGUGAUUUUAUAAAAUUAUUCUCCUGUGAUAUUGAAAGUGCAGCAAGCAAUUAUCUUAAAUUCUCGUCAUUUAUUAUUAGAUAUUAAUUUAUUAAUUUAUUAAUAGAAUAAAAAAUGACAAGUAAUACAUUAAAUAUAAUCUAAUUAACAUUAAUCUGAUGCUUUUUCUAACCCUGAUUUUCCAUACUUUUUGCUAGGCGCUUUCGGACAUUACAGUAAAAUUGGUUUUCGGUAAUUUUUAUAUUGGUUUUUACCUAGACGAAAAUUGACGGCGAUGAUUGGCAAUCAAUUCCUUCGCAGAAAAUUUUUGUUUAUUGUUUAUUCUUUAUUUUAGUUCUUUUUUUUUUACAAAAAUCCUGGCCGGUGUUUAGGUAGUUGAGCUGAGUGAAUACAUUAUAGCCGUUUAUAGGGGUUUAUUAAUUAAUAAAAAAUUUAUCUAUACCAUGAGGCAUGAAGCACACGUGACAUUUUUUUAUGGAGAACCGAAGCACCCACGAAGGAAGACCUACAUUCUCUUAUUAACGUUUUUCCAACGAAUUUACAAGCACACCCUACACCAAAAGCAAGGUGACAUUUAUUUAUUUUUUUCGAUAAUCAUUUUUUUUUUCGUUUCUUAACUUGUAUAAAUCUACUGUAAUCUCAGAUGCUUCAACUAGAAUUAUUCGUUUUGAGUUUGCGAGCAGACUGGUUACGAAUCGAAAGCCGAUGCUUCGCUUAUUUUCGGUUAUAAUAUACGGUUUUCUGUUGCUUUGCAUUGCUCUGACGGUCGCUAAAAAAUUGAACAUUAUUUAACUUAACUAAACAAAGAUCGCGUAAUCUCAUAAAUACUGAACUGUUUGAAGUAAAAUACGUAAAUUAAUUUCGUCGCGUUGAUCCGGCGUCAUCUGAUUUUUACAAUUAAAACAUUACAUAUAGAACACUUAAAAUCAAAAAUAUUUAUCAAAAA